AUGUCCUAUCCCCACUUGAAUCUUCCUACUCAAACCAUCUCGCCUUCGGAGAUGAAUAAUAAGCCGAACUUCCGCAUCUCACCUGCGAAAUCACUUGGAGACCUCCAAGCAAUAUUUGCUCUAUUCGCUGCAUACGCAGCAUCUCUUCCUAUUAACCUCUCAUUCCAGGAUUUCACCACCGAGCUGAACGGCUUGCCUGGCAGAUAUGCGCCGCCAACCGGAGAGCUGCUCCUCGCCCGGCUUUCCUCUGGUGAGGCUGUAGGCUGCGUGGCCGUGCGCUCACUUCCUGGACGUCCGGGCUGCUGCGAGAUGAAGAGGCUCUACCUUACCCCUUCCGGUCGGGGGCUCGGCAUUGGGAAAUCACUCGUCGAGGCCGUCCUGGACGUGUCCGCCGGAUUGGGGUAUUUGGAGAUGAAACUCGAUACCCUGCCGUCCAUGACUGCAGCGAUCAAAUUGUAUAAGCAGGUUGGGCCAUUACUGCUCCUCUCACUGCUCAUCCUGGCACUCAGCACUCUUACCACAUUUACCGCCCGCCUCACCCAACUUUCCCGCCAGCUUUCCCUCCCAUCCAUCCGCCGCUUCACAACCACCAGCCCCACCAUGUCCUCUUACGCUAAAGAGCUCGAGAUUGCCCAAUUGGCCGUACAACGAGCAACCCUUCUCACCAAGAAAGUCUUCCACGAAAAAGUAAAAGGCACGACCGACAAAUCCGACAAGUCCCCCGUCACAAUCGGCGACUACGGCGCCCAAGCCCUGAUCAUCACCGCGAUCCGGCGAGCCUUCCCGCACGACGAGAUUGUCGGUGAGGAAGAGGCCUCAGACCUGCGCUCCAACUCCUCGCUAAGCGGUCAGAUCUGGCAGCUUGUGCAAGCGGCGCGGCUGGAUGAUGCCGAGGCUGAGGAGACGCUCGGAGGCCCGGUGAAGAGCGAGAAGGAGAUGCUAGAUAUGAUUGACGAGGGGCGCAGUGCAGGAGGCGCGAAGGGGCGGAUAUGGGCGCUUGAUCCCAUCGACGGGACGAAGGGCUUCCUCCGCGGCGGACAGUACGCGGUCUGUCUCGCGCUGAUGGUGGAUGGAGAUGUCAAGGUCGGGGUGCUGGGGUGUCCGAACCUGCCGAUCGACGACUCCGCGCAGCUGGAUGAGAAGGCGGGAGAGGACGCGACGGAUGAGGGGAAUGGGGUGCUGUUUAGUGCGGUGGCUGGGGAGGGCGCGACAAGUCGGCCGCUGACGAGGGGAGGGCUGGCGGAGGGGAAAGCGAUUCACAUGAGGAAGAUCGAGGAUAUCACUCAGGCGACGUUUUGUGAGAGUGUCGAGGCGGCACAUUCGAGCCAUGGGGAUCAGUUUGAGAUUGCGAAGAAGCUGGGCAUAUCGAAGAAGAGCGUGAGGAUGGACUCGCAGGCCAAGUAUGGGUCUAUCGCGAGGGGGGCAGGUGAUCUCUAUCUGCGGUUGCCGGUGAGAAAGGACUACCAGGAGAAGAUUUGGGAUCAUGCAGCGGGUGAUCUGAUUGUCAGGGAGGCCGGAGGUGAGGUCACGGAUGCCAAUGGCAAGAGGCUAGAUUUCAGCAAGGGUAGGACCUUGUCGGAGAACUCGGGGGUUGUUGCGGCGCCAAAGGCUGUGCACGCACAGGUAUUGGAAGCGGUCAAAAGUGUGCUGGGAAGCAAAUAG